CGAGCUUAAUGGGCGCCCGAUAGAGUUUUUAUUUAGAACUGCGCGUACCGCCGCCGCCGGUCAGUCGCUGUGCCGCCGCCGCCGCCGUUUUACCGUCGUCCGUCCGUCGGCCGUUUUUCAUUCAGGAUCAAAAUUUUAAACACAUUUAAUUCGUAUUUUUUUUUUUUUUUAAUUAUCCCAUCCGAGUUCUUUGAACAUUUUUUAUUUUAUAAACUAUUAUGCCAACUGUUGCGUCGGUUUGGCCGACCGGCACUCAUUGUGCCGUCCAAAUCACCGGUGUAUUCAGAAAAUAAUAAAAUUAUAAAUAAUAUAUUUAUAAUUCAUCGUUACGUACUACGGAAACCCGAGCACAACGCUGAAACUGUAAGAAAUGUCUUUUGUGAGGUGACCAGCUCCCGCAUAUCGCCCAGAGCACUUAUCUAUCAAAAUAAAUGUUUGAUGAAGAAUUAUGAGUGUUCCGAACGACAACAAUGUCGGUCCGAAGCCAGUUCACGACAACAACAAUACUAUCGACAAUAACAACACCAACAACCCGGCCAAUGGUCUCAAUAGCAACGGCAACGCCAACGCCAAUGCCGUUGCUAAUGCCAGCGUCGGCGUUAUCGCCAACAACAAUAAUGCGGCGGCCAACAAUAAUCAGACCAAGCAAGUGGUGAAACGACCAAUCAGAAGACUAGGAAAACAACUGCCGGACCGACCCCAAAGGGCACUAUGUUGUUUGUCACUAAAAAACCCACUCAGGAAACUGUGCAUAGAUGUGAUAGAAUGGAAGCCAUUUGAAUAUUUAAUUUUACUGACCAUUUUCGCUAAUUGCGUGGCCUUAGCAGUUUACACGCCGUAUCCUUGUAACGAUUCGAACACAGUGAACGGAUAUUUAGACCGAAUCGAACGUGUGUUUCUAGUGAUAUUUACCGUGGAAUGUAUCAUGAAGAUAAUAGCGUACGGGUUCGUAGCCCAUCCGGGCGCUUAUCUGAGGAACGGAUGGAAUUUCCUGGAUUUCACUAUCGUCCUGAUGGGAGGCAUAAGUAUCAUCAACGGGUUCGACGUGAAAGCACUGCGAGCGUUUCGCGUGUUGAGACCUUUGAGACUGGUAUCCGGAGUGCCAAGUCUACAAGUCGUUUUGAAUUCCAUUCUUCGAGCCAUGGUACCCUUAUUGCACAUCGCCUUGUUGGUCAUAUUCGUCAUAAUCAUUUAUGCGAUUAUCGGCUUGGAACUGUUUUCGGGGACUUUGCACACGACUUGCUACGAAAACGACACGAUGAUGGAAGACCCGCAUCCCUGCGACGAGGGUCUUUAUGGCGAAAUCAGUGGCUUCGACUGCAGCUAUUACGGCGCCAACUUCUACUGUAAAGGUGACUGGGAAGGACCCAACUCGGGAAUAACAAACUUCGACAACUUUGGCUUGUCCAUGUUGACAGUUUUCCAGUGCAUCACCCUCGAAGGGUGGACCGACGUUUUAUACAGUAUAGAAGAUGCGCUGGGAAGCAGUUGGCAGUGGAUAUAUUUUAUUUCCAUGGUUAUUCUCGGAGCGUUUUUCGUCAUGAACCUCAUCCUCGGAGUGUUGAGCGGAGAGUUUUCCAAAGAAAGAGAAAAAGCCAAGGCCAGAGGUGACUUCCAGAAACUCCGCGAAAAACAACAACUCGAAGAAGACUUGCGUGGAUACUUGGAUUGGAUUACCCAAGCGGAAGACAUUGAACUCGAUGCCGAUGAUAAAGAAGAGUCGCUAAAUAGACAAAACAAUAAUGCUAAUGAAAGCAAAUCGACCAACCGCAUGGAACGCGAUGAAAACGAUCAUAGCAAAUCGUGGUGGAAAAAGAAACGGAAAAAUUUCGACAAAAUCAAUCGCAGAGCGAGAAGAGCAUGUCGCAAAGCUGUCAAGUCCCAAGCUUUCUAUUGGUUGAUUAUAAUUCUAGUGUUUUUGAAUACUGGUGUUUUGGCCACCGAGCACUACCGCCAACCGGAUUGGCUAGACGAAUUUCAAGAGGUAACCAACUUGUUUUUCAUAACGCUCUUCACGAUGGAAAUGCUGCUGAAAAUGUACAGUCUCGGAAUACAGGGAUAUUUUGUUUCGUUAUUCAACCGUUUCGACUGCUUUGUCGUCAUUGGCAGCAUAACCGAAACCAUUCUAACUAGAACGCAACUGAUGUUGCCGCUCGGCGUGUCCGUGUUGCGUUGCGUUCGACUGCUCAGGGUUUUCAAGGUUACUAAAUACUGGAGGUCACUGUCGAAUUUGGUGGCUUCUUUGCUCAAUUCAAUACAAUCAAUCGCAUCUCUGCUGCUGUUGCUCUUCCUGUUCAUUGUCAUAUUCGCCUUGUUAGGCAUGCAAGUGUUCGGGGGAAAAUUCAAUUUCGACCCGACCGCUUACAAGCCCCGCAGCAACUUCGACACGUUUUGGCAGAGUUUACUUACCGUGUUCCAGAUACUUACUGGCGAGGACUGGAACGUAGUUAUGUACAACGGUAUAAAAGCUUACAACGGCGUGUCCUCACCUGGCAUCUUGGCUUGCAUAUACUUCAUCAUUUUGUUCAUAUGCGGUAAUUAUAUUCUAUUAAACGUUUUCUUGGCCAUUGCCGUGGACAAUCUGGCCGAUGCCGAGUCGUUGACGGCCAUCGACAAAGAAGAAGAGCAACCCGAAAACCAGCCAAAGUCGAGAAGUAAUAGUCAGUCUGUUGAAAGAGACGACGGGUAUCCUAGAGAAAGUUCUGAGGGCUUGUCCGCCGAAGAGGAGCUGUCGGAAGAAUCUAGAUCGUCGAAAAAGGACGACGAAAGCGGUAGUAACAUAAAAAUCGACUUGGAAGAAGACGGUUCAGAUUACGAGCCGGACGACAACCAAGAAGACGAAGAUAACGAAGACUCCAAAAUGCGACGAAAUUCUGAGUUCAACAACGCCAACAAAGGAGUACCCAUCCAACCGGAAUCGUCAUUUUUUGUAUUUUCAAAAACCAGCAGUUUCCGAGUGUACUGCCAUUGGUUUUGCAAUCAUACUUACUUCAGCAAUUUCAUAUUAGUGUGCAUUAUGGUCUCGUCGGCGUUGUUGGCGGCAGAAGACCCGUUGAACGCCGACUCGGAUAGAAACAACGUACUCAAAGGGUUCGACUACUUCUUCACGGCAGUGUUCACAGUAGAAAUAUUUUUCAAAAUGAUCUCCUACGGUUUUGUCUUGCAUAACGGCGCGUUUUGCCGGUCGUUCUUUAACCUCUUGGACCUACUGGUAGUCGCCGUCUCGCUGGUGUCGGUAUUCUCCAAAAUGGCAAGUGCCGGCCCAAUGUCACUUGUUAAAGUGUUGAGAGUGUUGAGAGUGUUAAGACCUCUGCGCGCAAUCAAUCGAGCCAAAGGGCUUAAACACGUAGUGCAGUGUGUCAUCGUCGCGGUUAAAACCAUUGGAAACAUAGUGUUGGUCACGUGCCUUCUUCAAUUCAUGUUCGCCGUAAUUGGAGUUCAGUUAUUCAAGGGGAAAUUUUUUUCAUGCAAUGAUCUUUCCAAAACAACAGAAUUUGAAUGCCAAGGAGUAUACUUAACGUUCGAACACGGUGAUGUGGAACAUCCUAAAGCAGAAACUCGAAAAUGGGAGCAAUAUUCUUUUCACUUCGACGACGUAGCCAAAGCCAUGCUUACCCUGUUUACUGUCUCUACAUUCGAAGGAUGGCCCGGACUUUUACAAAAGUCCAUUGACUCCAACCAAGAAGACAUGGGUCCCAUACACAACUACAGGCCAAUCGUGGCUGCCUACUACAUAAUAUACAUCAUCAUUAUCGCGUUCUUCAUGGUGAACAUAUUCGUCGGUUUCGUCAUAGUCACGUUCCAAAACGAAGGCGAACAAGAAUACAAAAACUGCGAGCUCGACAAAAACCAGCGAAACUGUAUAGCUUUUGCGCUCAAAGCUAAACCUGUGCGACGUUACAUACCCAAACACCGAUGUCAGUACAAAGUGUGGUGGUUUGUCACGUCACAACCAUUCGAGUACACAAUAUUUAUGCUAAUCAUGGUCAAUACCAUAACACUAGCCAUGAAGUUCUACAAGCAACCGCAGUACUACGACAGUAUACUGGACAUGUUGAACUUAUUUUUUACCGCAGUUUUCGCUUUGGAGUUCGUCUUUAAACUGGCGGCUUUCCGAUUUAAAAACUACUUUGGAGACGCUUGGAACGUGUUUGACUUUGUUAUCGUUUUGGGGAGUUUCAUCGACAUAGUAGUCGAAAAUUUAUCCCCCAACAUCACUAACAUUCCGAAGAAGAAAGAACGAAAACUGUCGAUAAAUUUCUUCCGGUUGUUUCGCGUUAUGCGUUUGGUGAAAUUGCUCAGUCGCGGCGACGGAAUCCGGACCUUGCUAUGGACGUUCAUCAAAUCCUUUCAAGCUCUGCCGUACGUCGCCCUUCUGAUAGUUAUGUUGUUCUUCAUAUACGCCGUUAUCGGCAUGCAGGUAUUCGGCAAAAUAUCAAAGAGUACUGUAGGUUCGGCCAUUCACCGGAACAAUCACUUUCAAACGUUUCCCCAAGCCGUGCUUAUACUGUUUCGUUCAGCUACCGGGGAAGCGUGGCAGGACAUCAUGAUGUCUUGUUCGUUCCGACCAGACGAGGUGGUUUGUGACGAAAAUUCGGACGUGUUCAAAGACAAGCAAUUGGCUACCAGUUGCGGUUCUGAUUUUGCUUUUCCGUACUUCAUAUCUUUCUACGUGCUGUGCUCGUUCCUCAUCAUCAACCUGUUCGUGGCCGUCAUCAUGGAUAAUUUCGAUUACCUGACUCGGGAUUGGUCCAUUCUGGGACCGCAUCACUUGGACGAAUUUAUCAGACUAUGGAGCGAAUACGAUCCAGACGCCAAAGGCAGGAUCAAACACCUGGACGUGGUGACGCUCCUGAGGAAGAUAUCUCCUCCAUUGGGUUUUGGAAAACUGUGUCCACAUCGGGUCGCGUGUAAGCGAUUAGUUUCCAUGAACAUGCCGUUAAACAGUGACGGCACGGUGUUAUUCAACGCCACGUUGUUUGCAGUCGUCCGGACGUCGUUGCACAUCAAAUCGGAAGGCAACAUCGACGACGCCAACGCGGAGCUCAGAGCUGUCAUCAAGAAGAUCUGGAAGCGGACUAGCCCGAAACUUCUGGAUCAGGUGGUGCCACCGCCUGGGGUUGACGACGAGGUGACCGUGGGCAAGUUCUACGCCACGUUUUUGAUCCAAGACUACUUCCGACGGUUCAAAAAGCGCAAAGAACAAGAGCUGAAAGAGGGCGAUAAAGAGGCGCGCAAUACCGUUACACUUCAGGCCGGACUGAGAACUUUACACGACGCCGGGCCAGAGAUCAAGAGAGCGAUUUCUGGAAAUCUUGACGAGCUUAUCGACGACAAUCCCGAACCGUCACACAGGAGAGAUCACUCGUUGUUCGGCAGCGUGUGGUCGUCGAUGAGACGUACGACGGGCAGUCUAAGACGGUCGUUUAGAGUAAGCAAUGCCCAUUCGAAAAAAAACAAGCACAAGAACUACUUACAAGUGUCCGGACGAAACGUUGUCAAGUUGUCUCCCACGAGCUCGGUAGAAAUAGAUUACUUGCCCAACAGCUAUGGCAAAGAACAAAGGCAAGACACGAAAAUUCAAAACGGAGCCGUUUCGCUUCAUAGUGGACGUCCUCAUAAUGAAUGGCUGUUAAACGGAAGCUCUGAUAUUGACGACGACCCGCCUUACACCGGCGAGUUACCGCCAAAGGGCAAUGCCGCUAAAAUGCUAAUCCAACACCGCAAUAACCGUCGGUCCGUUCACAUUUUCCAUCGCGCUUCGUUUCAUUUCAAAGGUAGUAGAGACGAAAUGAACGGGGCUUCGAUCCCUCUGACUAGGUUAUCUCAUUCGCUGCCAGGGAGUCCCGUAGACAACGACAGACUGAAUGGAACUGAAGUGAUCGGAUCUGCGGAAAGCCUCGUCGGAAGGAUAUUAGUGGAACAUGGUCUUGGGAAAUAUUGCGACGUCGAGUUUGUGCAGAACACUUCCAAAGAACUUCGUGAAGCGUUGAACAUGACCAAAGAGGAAAUGGAUUCUGCCGCUCAUCAGUUGCUCGUCCGCGAACAACAAGGCCGUCCCAUAUCAUUCCACGGGGAAGACGGUGAUUAUGUCUAAACAAAAUAAUAUUUCCUUCCAAAUAAAUACUACAUUUAAACUAAAUACAAAUUUAAUUAAUAAUAAGAAUUUUAGAAGAUGAUUUAUGUAUAAAUAUAUUAUAAUAUAGUUAAUUAGUAUGAUAAAUUUAUUAAUUGUUAAACCUGUUGUGUCCAAUUCAAGUGCCUCGUCGGAAAAACAAAUGUAAUUAUGUUAGGAAAAUAACAUUAAAUAUUUUACAAGUAUACAAAAUGUAUGUAAAGAGUCUUAAGUAUUUCAUGAGACAGUUUUCAUACAGUAAAGCGACAUGACAUUUGUAUCAUGAAAUUCAGAAGACCUUAAUAUAACAUGGGUAAAAUAUGUCGCGUGUGAUUAGUCAUAAAGAUUUUGUUAAAAUAUUUAUUUUGAGUUUUAUUCGAAUUUUAGACAUACCUAUUGUUUUUUAAUAUAUUUUACACGACCGCUUAUUUUUGUAUAUAUGUAUUCGGUUGAGUUUGUAAUUAUUGCUUUUUAUUUCACUUAUCUAUAGCCAGUGUAUUCAAUAUUAUGUUUUUGAUUUGGUGCUGAUAGUAGAUAACUAUACAUAAUGUUAAUGAAUAAAAAAAAUUGUUGUUUUAAUGUAAGCCGUCAAUGGUUGUAAAUAUUAUGUUUUAAGUAUUUCAAUCCUAGCAGUAGUGGGCUAAUAACUAAAGAACAAUGUAAGCAAACACCUACUUAAAGAACAUGUAUUUAACUAU